AUGCGAGGCCCAGCACGCUCCGAGUGCAUAAGCAACGGAUAUGGGUUCUGCUCUAUAGAUUUGUCGCCUACAACAUUCACAAGUCCGGAUAGCGGCACAUUUGGCACGGUGACGACCUCUGAGAUGCAGGACGUGUCUGGGGAUCCUGACUGGUCGAGCACGCUGACGGCGAUGAUGCUGGGACCCGGUCCGGAGAUCCCAUUCCCCACUACCACGUCCGCUUCCGCUUCCACGUCCAUCUCAACACCCGCUUUCACGUUCACUUCUGGCAUACCAGCACUCAGUUCACUGGUAAUCUCACUUGUCUCAAAGAACGCGCCCAGUACGAGCCAACAACCAUCGACAGUGCCAAGCGUCAGCCCGUCGCCUCCGCCCCCUGCUCCUAGCGCUGUUAGUACAGCCCCCGGUCUGUCCUAUGAGCAUAGCCUACCGACACCAGCCCUUGCAGGCGCCGUCGUGUCCGCCGUACUCGCCGUUGCCGUCGCCGCUGCUCUGGUCCGUUGCUGGGUGCGACGUCGGCGUACGCGUGCGCUGCUCCCGAGGCAGAACAUGGCUAUCGUAGCCGACCACGCUCGUCGCUUUACGACCGCGCGCGUUGGCUCGAAGCACCAGGCGGACAGUGGCGUUCAAGACGGCGGCGCAAGCACGUCGUCCCUCGGCUCGGCACGCUCGCGCGGCGCGCUGGACGGCAGCGCCGAGACUCUCGCGUGUUCGCCCUCGUCUUCGUCCCGGCGGACUCCCACUCUCACUGUCGACGUGGACAACAAACAUCGCGAGUCUUCGGAACCGGAGCUCCCGAGCCACGGCCCUUCGCCAUCGCUUCUCCCCACCCUCCCAAGAAGUCCCGUCGCACCCGAGAUCGAAGAGAUCGGGGGUGCGCCGAGCCACUCGGAGCGGAUCCUCCGUUUUGAGCUCCCCUGGGUCCUCGGGCAGCGCGUGCUAGCCGUUAUCGCGCGCGAGGAUGCGCGUGGGGAGAGCGGAGUGGAGGAGCCGUUACCUGCGUAUGAGCCGCACGGAUAG